AUGUUCUCAUUCUGGUUUUCUGGAACCUGGAGCCCGUGUUUUGCUAUCAUUUACUUUGGGCCAAAGGCUCAGCGAUUUCGUUUUGUCAAUCUUCAAAGUCAGCUGAUGUCGAUUUUCUUUUUCAAAAAGGAAAAGCAACGAACCGAAAUAUUGUUUGAUCGGCUUCUUAAAAGUAUGAGACGCUUAAAUCAUGGUUUCUAUGCAAAUUCUGGGGUGGACAAGAGAGGGUUACGGGGCAUUGACGUCUUUUCAGGCACGAGCAUAUUUGCAGGGCCAAGGCUUGCCGGUUUAGCAACUGACUUGAACGAUUUGUUCACUGUUGCAUCCCACAGAAGUGAUUUCGGCACUCUCUGGCCGCCCUAG